AUGCCGGAUUUGAUAAAUUUUUCUAAAUUCACCGGAGAAACUAAUAUUACAGGAUGGCGUGCAGGAACUGCUUUACAUUCAAAUUUUGUAGAUAGUGAUGAUUUUCCAGAUGGCAUAAUAGGAGUUACAUUUACCACUGAUGAUACUCCUCCAUUGAAAUUUGUUGGAACUAAUCAGGAAAUUCUUAAAAAUCUCAGUGGCGAAUCUGUCGUGUCUCCUGUGAUUGGAUGGGCCAUUAUUGAUGAUAAGGAUUCUCCUAAAUAA